UUAGUAUUCUUAGCUCAUCACUAUUUCUCUUCUAAAAUGGGCACUAACACACCUGUGUUUCUCCUUCUGUUAACGAUAUCUGCAGCUGUAGGUGAUGUAUUAGAUAAUUAUGUAAAAACUGAAGGUGCUUGGAUUCUUGGGACCGAAAGGCAAUAUUACACCAUAAAUAAUGAUGUGUUAUGCGCAGAAAAAUGUGAAAAUGAAAGUAAAUUUACGUGCAGAUCAUUUUUGUAUAGUACAAAAAGCCAAAGUUGUGUAACAUUGCCAAAUAACAGCAAGUUGUAUACGCUGUACAGAAGAAAUGAUGUAGCCCUGUAUGAAAAGAAAACCUUUCUUGAUGAUUGUAUACGAGGAACUGGCAGUGAUUACAGAGGAACAGAAGACAAAACCGUGUCAGGAAAAACAUGCCAAGCUUGGUCUUCUUCCACUCCACACAAACCAAACAUUACACCUGACAAAUAUCCUGAUGCUGGCCUAGAAUCUAAUUAUUGUAGGAAUCCAGAUGGGGAUAAUAAUGGACCUUGGUGCUAUACUAAAGACCCCAGUGUUAGAUUUGAGUACUGCAAGAUUCAACAAUGUGAAGAAGACUGCAUGCAGUGCAGUGGGGAAAACUACAAAGGUAAAGUUUCAAAGACGGAAUCUGGCAUUGUAUGUCAACGGUGGGAUGAGCAGAUCCCUCAUUCUCAUGGAUUCAACCCUGCAAACCUUCCUGAAAAAAAUCUUGUGAGCAAUUACUGCCGUAAUCCAGAUGGAGAACCCCGGCCCUGGUGUUUCACUACCAACUCCAACAAAAGAUGGGAAUUCUGCGAUAUUCCACGUUGUGCAAAAAAUCCACCACCAUCGAUUCCAGGAGUGCAAUGCUUGUCCGGCAAUGGAGAGAACUACAGAGGCAAUAUUGCUUUGACAGCAUCAGGUAAACGCUGCCAAGAAUGGAGUUCUCAAAUACCUCACAAGCACACCAGAACUCCAGACAACUACCCAUGCAAGAAUCUCGACAAUAAUUACUGCAGAAACCCAGAUGGAGAGGUCAUGCCUUGGUGUUAUACUGUUAACAGCACAGUAAGAUGGGAAUACUGUGAAAUCCCAAGUUGUGAUAAACCUACAGUUGCUCCAAUCAAUCCAACACAACCUAGCACAAAUUUGGAUUGCUAUGAAGGUGAUGGUGUCACAUAUCGUGGUUCAGCAUAUUUAACGGUCUCAGGAAAGACCUGCCAGGCAUGGAAUUCAAUGGUUCCUCACAAGCAUGAGAAAACGCCUGAUGUGUUUCCAAUUGCAGGACUGGUGAAGAAUUACUGCAGGAAUCCAGAUAGUGACAAGAGUCCCUGGUGUUACACCACAGAUCCUAGUGUCAGAUGGGAGUAUUGUAAUCUGAAGAAGUGUUCCAGUCUACCACAAAUAGAAGAGCAAAAACCAGCUCAAACAACAAGAAAAACUACAAUCACAGCAAGUCCAGACUGUAUUGCUGGGAAAGGUCAAGAUUACCGUGGUUCAAGAUCUGUCACAAGUCGUGGUCAUAAAUGUCAAGACUGGAAUUCCCAAACACCACAAGAACACGCCACCUUUACUCCUCAAACUCAUCCUGAUGCUGACUUAGAGAGAAAUUAUUGCAGAAAUCCUGAUGGAGAUAUUAAUGGACCGUGGUGCUUUGUUACAACCCCUGGCUCAUUAAAAUGGGAUUAUUGUGAUAUCCCUCAAUGCGCUACCACAGAGAUUGAAUGUGGUAAACCAAAACGAAAACAAAGGAAAUGUUUUGGAAGAAUAGUUGGUGGUUGUGAAUCAAACCCAUUUUCUUGGCCAUGGCAAAUCAGCCUGAGAACAAGCUUUGAUUUCCACUUUUGUGGAGGAACCUUGAUUCAUCCUCAAUGGGUUCUUACCGCUUCACACUGCCUAGAACGUUCCUCUAGACCAUCUUAUUACAAGAUAUUCAUGGGUAUACAUAAGGAGAAAGCUACUGAGAGCUCAAAGCAAGUCAGAGACGUUGAAAAGAUAUUCAAGGAACCUUUAAAAGCAGACAUUGCUUUACUGAAAUUGAAAAGUCCGGCUGUGAUAACAGAUGAGGUGCUGCCAGCUUGUUUACCAGCUCAUAAUUACAUGGUACCAGACAGAUCACAAUGUUAUGUCACUGGCUGGGGAGAAACACAAGGCACUGGCAAGGAGGGGGUACUUAAAGAAGCCGGCUUCCCUGUUAUAGAGAACAAAAUAUGUAAUGGCCCUGCAUAUCUCAAUGGUAAAGUUUCCAACCGAGAGCUGUGUGCUGGCAAUAUUCAAGGUGGUGUUGACAGUUGUCAGGGCGACAGUGGAGGACCUCUCUCUUGUUUUGAUGGAGAAAAAUAUGUUAUACAAGGAGUUACUUCGUGGGGUCUUGGCUGUGCUCAGCCUAUGAAGCCUGGUGUUUAUGUUCGAGUGUCUAUGUUUAUCCCAUGGAUUGAAAAAAUUAUAAGUGAAAAUUAAGAGGUUGACAGUUUAUUUUUUAUUUUUCUGACUGUACAAUUCACUGAUAAUAGAUAUGCAAUUAUAGUAUGCUGAUCAUUUUGUUUCACAUAUACAUUUCAAGACCAACAAAAUUCUUUAUACCAACUGGUGCGAUAGCUUUUUGACUUGUAUUCAAUAAUUAUUUGUUUCAACAAGGUUUUUUUUUAGGUUUUUACCAAUGUGACAGUAACAAAAAACAAAAAAACUAUUCAACAGUAAAAAGCUUACAUAACAAUACAAUUUGUUUUUGGCUAACAUACAAAUAAACCUUGUGGUAGAAAGCAA